AUGAUCGCUUGGAUUUUCAGGUUUUAUCACAAUUUAAAGAACAAAGAUAAAAACCUCACUCCUGAUGUCUCAGUUGAUGAAUUGGAAAAUGCUGAAAAGGCACUUUGUAGAUUGGUACAGAAAGAAUCAUUUACAGGCAUAAAAGAUCCCGCCAUUCGUGCGCUGAGACCAAUCGUAGACCAAAAUGGAAUUUUAAGAGCCAAAACGAACGUCCUACAGCGUCAAGAUAAUGAAAAUUUCCGAUAUCCUAUAAUUUUACCUUCAAAACAUAUUCUUGUUGAGAGACUAAUUUACGAGAAACAUCUAGAACUCCAGCAUGCUGGUGUCAGCACUUUAAUGACAAAUCUUAGAGAAAACUUUUGGAUAUUAAAAUCCAGAAAAAGUAUUCGAAAUAUUAUCAGAAAAUGUGUAAGAUGUAAAAGAUUUGUUUCACAAAGAGUGGAAGUCGAGCCAGGAUUUCCACCCGAAGAUCGAGUCAGAGAAGGGGCGACUUUUGAAGUCGUCGGUGUAGAUCUAGCGGGUCCUCUCUAUCUCCGUGAGGGGUCUAAAGCGUGGAUAGUCUUGUAUACAUGUGCCAUUUAUAGAGCCAUUCACCUCGAACUAGUUACUUCUCUAUCUACAGAAACUUUCAUCCAAUCUUUACGUAGAUUCAUUGCCAGAAGAGGUAGACCUUAUGUGAUAUAUUCCGACAACGGAACUAAUUUUGUAGGGACUAACAGUGUUCUUAAGAAAGUUAAUUGGAACGCCAUAUGUUCAGCUGCUUCUAUCCAAAGGAUACGAUGGAAGUUCAACCCUCCGACCGCCGCCUGGUGGGGAGGUUGGUGGGAGAGGCUUGUGCGAAUGGUGAAAGAAAAUUUAAGAAGAGUGUUAGGUCGAACGUCCUUAAAUUAUGAAGAAUUAUAUACUAUAUUAUGUGACUGUGAACAAGUGAUUAAUUCGCGACCUAUCACAUACGUAUCAGAGGAUAAUCAAGAUCCAUCACCACUGACCCCUAUGAUGUUCCUGCCAAGAAUUGCCGUCAUCAGGAGUUCCUGA